AUGGAUGUCGUGGGUAGAGCGUGUGGAGAUGUAGAUCGAGUUGGUAGAAACGAUGCCGGUCGAAAAGCUGUUCUUAUAUAUAGCUGCCUUCCUAUACAUUACGCGAAGGACUUUGGAGGAGAUAGUGGCAGCG